AUGCCGAACACAUCUAUAGAUAGUUUAAUCCAAGAAAAGCCUACAUUGUAUUGUGAUACAAAAACAAAUCUUUACAAUGUCAUAACGAAAUUAAAUGAAAAACAUGCAAUUUUUGUAACAUGGCAUCGUACCAAAGCAAAUAAUUGGGAUAUUUUAGAGCAAUUUUGUUCAGUUGAUAAUGGACUUCAAGCGAAACGACGUUGCGUUUACAAUCAUUUAACGCAAUCAACGAAUUGGGAGCCAUUUUUAGAGAAAGAGUUAAUCAGUUGCGAGUUGAGCAUGUAUUGCAAGGAAGAAGAAUUUCGGCAUUAUUUUGUUCAAACCGAUGGCCAAUUAAUAGAUUUUGUCAACAAAUGGAAGCCAGGUGUGGUGGGUGAAAAGUCUGGACUAUUAAAAGUUUGCCUAAAACCGAAUGGUGUCCCUUUGACUCGUAAAUGUUUGUAUGAUAAAGAAAAGCAAUUAGCUCAUUGGGAAUCACUGAGUAAUCUUGAUGGCUAUAAAUGUUUGAGUGAAACGAAUCAAAAAAUUAUAAGUAAAAAAUUAAAUGAUUUGCACAAUGAUAUACAAACCAACGGUCUUUUGCAUAAAAGUAUCGACGAAAGAAAAGCUGUGGCUAACCAAAUUCUAAAUUUAUUGGAUCAACCCGAUAGUCAACGAUUGCCGGCUGAUGUUUUUACGACAAGUGAAAUUCUUAAGCUUAUGACAACUGAAACACGCAACAUGCAAUUAUCGACUGAUGUCGUGAAAAUUGUAAACAAUAUGAUGACUAGUGAUGCGAAAAUUUUACGAAUAUCGGCCGAUUUAAAUGCCACCAACGCGAUUUUGGCAACCUUUGAAAACUAUAUGGAUGCGUUAAGCGAUAAUUUUGUACAGCAAAACGAAUGUGAAAAAUUCAACUCCUCCAAAAUUCCCGCCAAUAACACAUCAGCCGAUAUUAAAAUCGUUAAUUUAGCGCACCUUGGCGUUUUUAUUUAUUUCACAUUUAAUAUUAGUACGUUUUUCAUAAAUCCAUUAUGCGCAAACAUUUCUGGCAUUGCAUUAUAUCCAAUCGAAGCGAGAAUAACAAAUUCAAUUACUUACACGAUAGCCGCUAAAAAUGACUCACAUCGUGGCAUUCGUUAUCGUUUUGUUUACAUGAAUGAAUCAAUCGUUGAACUCUUGAAAGAUACCCAGUUGAAUUUGGCUACUUUCAUACCUUUGAAGACAAUGCAACCUAUUCAAGACGAGUUAAGAUUGACAGGGAAAAAGGCGUCUAUUGUGUUGAAGAUAUAUUCCAAUGAUGCUCUCUUCGUUGAAACGGACACCACGAGAUUGCGUAAACCAUCCGGUGAAGUUCUUUCAAUCUCGUUACCCUCAUAUGAAGGUCAACUUAUGCAAGAGUUACCCUUUAUUCUGAGAAUCAAUUACUUGGAUAUGAGUACGGCGAAGAAUUCAAAUCCUAAUUGCGGUUGCGGUUAUUGGAAUUAUAAAACGUGGAUAAGUAAUGGUGUGCAUACUAAUAAUACUUCAAACUUUCUAAAUGAAUCCGAAUUAGUUUUAUGCUAUACGAAUCAUCUCACGCAAUUUACUUAUUUAAUUGGUGGUACGUUUAGGCAAAGUGAUUACAAUAAUGACGUAUUAGUUACUGUUAUGCAGCAACGUGCAUUGGAUGUUGUCUCGUUAGUAGGCUGCAUUUUGUCUUUCUUAGGUCUAAUAGGUGUUUGGAUAACUGCUCUAGUUAUACCAAAUUGGAUUUCGCAGGCAUCGAAUAAAAUAUUACUCAAUCUUUGUUCAAUUUUAACCCUACAAAUGGUACUUUUUCUAUUUGUCAACACAGACGAUAUGUUUGAGGCCUUAAUAAGAGGAGAAGACAUAAUUAAAUGCAUUAUUUUGGGUGCACUUUUACAGUACACCGUCUUAGUAUUAUUUUUAUGGAUGCUAAUUAUAGCCGUUCUACAAUUUCAACGGUAUGUUAUAGUUAUCGGAGUAACACGUCCAAAGAACUAUAUAGCAAAAUCAGCUAUUAUUGCUUGGUUUACUCCACUAAUAUCGACACUUUUGGUCGUAUUCUUAGAUCCACACUCGUACAUACCAUCACCAUUCGAAUUGGCAAUUCAUGCCGGGGCUUGUCAUCCUUCUGGCUCUGGCCUACACUAUGGCGUACUUUUACCAAUUUCCCUAAUUAUUUUGAUCAAUUUAACAAUAUUUAUUUAUGUCUUAUAUAGUAUAAGUCGGACACUUAACUUGACCUCACAAGCCAAUGAAAGAGGUUUAGUGAUCAAACAAAUACGUUUAUCAAUAUUAUUAUUUUUCUUAUUAGGACUGUCAUGGAUAUUUGGGGUACUGUCGUUUAUGCAGGCGGGCAUUGUAUUUUCCUUUUUAUUCUGUCUGACGGCAAGCCUGCAGGGUUUCAUUCUAUUCAUAUAUUUUGUGAUAUUAGAAAAGAAUACCCGCAUUGCUUGGCUGAAUUUAUUAUGUCCAGCCAGGAGGCGGGAAUUGAAUAAAAAAGAACUUCAACGAAUGACCACUAUCUCAAUAUCAAAUGCGCUCGGUAUUAGUACCGAUAACAUAGCGAGUCGAGACUGA